AUGCUGCAGCUCCUCGUUGUAGUAUCCCUCUUGGGGGCCACGUUAGGAAAAGAUUCCUACGUCAUACUGUCCCCGACAUCCGUUAGACCGGGUAUGGAUUUUAAUAUCAGUGUCAACAUCCUCAAAGCGCCCUCUAACGUCAAUGUCACCGCAACGGUCUAUAACGGGGUACAAUCCAUCGCUUCUACAAGUGUAGAUCUACCACAAGGAAAUCUGAUACCCAACGACAUUCCCAGAGGAAGCUACAGGCUGAAAGUGGCAGGAAAGGGUGGUUUGACCUUCGGAGGCGUGACGUGGCUGACCUACAAGAGCAAGAGCAUGUCCAUGUUCAUCCAGACAGACAAGGCCACGUACAAGCCAGGUCAAAUAGUACAUUUCCGGGCCUUUGCCGUGUUCCCCGACAUGAAGCUGUACACCGGCGCCAUGGACAUCGACAUCGUAGACCCGAACUCCAACAAAAUCAAGCAGUGGGUGGGGUUGAAGGGCGCUAGCGGCGUCAUCACCAACUACCUUCCCAUCUCCAGCCAACCUGUACUCGGUGACUGGAAGAUCAAAGUCACCGCGGGUAAAACGACCGCAGAGAAAGUUUUUACCGUCGCUGAAUACGUUUUGCCUAAAUUCGAAGUAACAGUUGAACUGCCAUCAUAUGUACUUACCACUGACGAUGACAUCACGGCCACAGUGAAAGCCACGUACACCUAUGGCAAGCCGGUGAAGGGAACAAUCAACCUGGUGGCCAAGGUGGAACCGUACUAUAGACCCUGGAAUUAUCAUGGGGAGGAACCGAAGGUCAUGAAGACAGUAGCCGUGAGUACUGAUGGCGAUUCCCGGUUGACCUUCUCUCUUGCUGAUAUAAAGAAGGUGUUCCCUUAUGGCCUCCUAAAUCGAGAGAUCAGGGUGUCAGCUGAUGUAACCGACAGCUUAACUGGGAUAACUCUGAAUGGAACCAGCAAGGUCAAGAUCUACCAGGACGCCACUAAGUUGUCCUUCUCCCCAUCAGAUCCCAAGACCUUCAAACCCGGUCUCAAAUACAUCGCCUAUCUACAAGUCAAGCAGCAAGACGGGCGUCCAGUCUUGUCAAGCACACAACGAGUGACCAUGACCACUAGAGUGACGGUGAACAAUAAAGUGACCGUAAGCAAUAAAGUAACCGUUAGCAAUGCAGUGACCUGGCCGAUUACAACAAUACCACCAACUACAACAAUCUACGAUGACAGUUAUGGCUACGGUUACGGUUACUAUCCAAGAACGUCCACCUACACUCUGUCGGGCCAAACUUUCUCAGUGCCAUACACAGGACUUGUCCCAAUUGAAGUUGAAAUCCCCUCCAACGCUCUCAGGGCGACUCUCACCGUGCGUUAUGGCAAGGUUUCCGCCUACAAGAGCAUUGAGAAGAGCUAUUCGCCGAGUGACAACUACAUCCAGCUGUUCCUGAAAUCACAACAACUUACUGCUAGAGGCAUUGCGAAUUUCGUAGUGAAUGUCACUGAACCCAUCAGCGAGCUGGUCUACCAGGUCAUGUCUCGUGGUUCUAUCGUGGACACUGGCAAAAUCAAAGGUCAGCUCAAUUGCAAACUCACAUCAUUCUCCAUCUCGCUUACAUCCAAGAUGGCGCCUAAUGCCCGGAUCAUUGUGUAUUACGUCAGGACAGAUGGGGAAAUUGUCGCUGAUAGUAUCAGCUUUGACGUGGAUGGCGUUUUCGAGAACAGGGUGUCUAUCUCUAUGGACAAGACCUCUGCCCAGCCUGGUGACAAUGUCAAUGUACAGGUCACUGCUGACCCUCAGUCCCAGGUCAGCCUCCUGGCCGUAGACCAGAGCGUCCUCCUCCUCAAGUCCGGAAAUGACAUCACACAAUCUGAGGUUAUCAGUGAACUGAAGUCUUACGACACCAUCAAUAACGUAGGUGUCGGAUUUGGAGGCCCCAUUCCUCUGCGUGCUGUGGCUCGUCGCAAGAGGAUGGCUUUUUGGGUAUGCCCCACCUACUAUGGCGGAAGUGACGUCAGUCAGAUCUUCAAGAAUUCCGGCGUGGCCGUCAUCACAGAUGCUCUUGUGUACAGAUAUGUCCCGCCCUACAUGGCUUUUGGUACUACGUUGAUGUCUACUUCUGGGCCUUUGUUGAGGCCUACUUUUGGGACAACCGUGAGCUCUCCAAGGAGCACGCCGGCACCGAGAUUAGCUGAAGUUGAGAGAAUACGAGUUGACUUUCCAGAAACCUGGAUGUGGACAAAUACCACUACUUGUAACGAUGUCACAGCCACCAUCUCAGCAACAGUGCCAGACACCAUCACGUCUUGGGUGGUGAGCGCCUUCGCCAUCAACGCUCAGAGCGGUCUUGGAAUUGCACCAACCUCAGCCAAGAUCCGCGUGUUCCGCCCCUUCUUCGUGAGCCUCAACCUGCCGUACUCCGUGACCCGAGGGGAACAGCUGGCGCUCCAGGCCAUCGUCUUCAACUACCUCACCCAGGACGUCGACGCUGUUGUAUCCCUCCCUCAAUCUGAGGACUACUUGAAUGUUGUCAUUGAUGCUAACGGCAAUGAACAAACAGAAUGUAAGAACCAAACCCAGACCGUGCGUGUAAAGGCAAAUGACGCCACAACAGUAUAUUUCCCCAUCGUACCAGAGACCCUGGGUAAGAUCGACCUGAAGGUCUCCGCCCGAUCCACCCUCGCAGCUGAUGCCGUCAAGCGACAGCUCCUGGUUGAGCCUGAAGGAACCCCCAAAGAGUACAGCGUCCCCAUCCUGAUCGACCUGAGACAGGCCACCAGCUUCUCUAAGACUGUCCCCAUCACUCUGCCACAGAACGUCGUGUCCGGGUCACUGAAAGUCAGGGUCACCGCGAUUGGUGACCUUAUGGGUCCAACAAUAAAUGGGCUAGACAGGCUUCUGCGCAUGCCUACCGGAUGUGGUGAACAAACAAUCCUGAGUUUGGCCCCGGAUGUGUUCAUCACUAACUACCUGACAGCAACCAAUCAGCUGACGAGAGACAUAGAAGACAAGGCAAUCAAGUACAUGGAAUCUGGAUACCAGAAUGAGCUGAAGUACCAGCACGCUGACGGUUCUUUCAGUGCAUUCGGUGGUAGGGAUCCAUCUGGAAGCAUGUGGUUGUCAGCGUUCGUGGUGAAGACGUUCCACCAGGCUAGACCAUACAUCCUCAUCGACAAUGAUAUCAUUACCCGAGCCAUCAACUGGAUGAUUUCGAAACAGAACGCCGACGGCUCCUUCCCUGAACCUGGUCGUGUCAUCCACACAGCCAUGACAGGAGGAUCAAGCAAAGGUGCUACAUUGACGGCAUACGUCCUCAUCUCCCUUCUCGAGAACAUCAACCUCACUGAGAGUGUCCAACUGCGGAUAAACGCGGCCACGGCCAAGGCAGUUCGAUUCCUGGGGAAUCAGGCUCCGACCGAUGUCUACUCUCUGGCAAUCAUCACCUAUGCUCUGCAACUUGCUGGCAGCACCAAGGCCGACACUUCCUUCGCCACAUUAAACUCUUUUGCUAUUGUGAAAGAUGGAUUUAAGUAUUGGCACCGAACAGAGGUCAAGACAACACAGUCCACCCACAGUUACUGGAAACCUCCAUCAGCCAAGAAGGCCAUCGACAUCGAGAUGACGGCAUACGCUCUGCUGAUAUACGGCGAGAAAAACGAUUACACCGGUGGCCUGAACAUCAUGAAGUGGUUGGCGUCCCAGCGUAACCCCUACGGCGGAUUUUCCUCCACCCAGGACACGGUGCUAGCCCUGCAGGCUCUGUCUGAAUUCGACAAGAUGGCGUACUCCAAGAACUUCGACAUCCAGGUGACUGUGAACAGUGGCAGCUUCAGCCAUCAGUUCUCCGUCAACCAGAACAACAGCCUCGUGCUCCAGAGUGUCGAGCUACCAUCUGACCCAUGCAGCAUCAGUGUACAGGCUAACGGGGCCGGCAUCGCCCUUGUUGAGGUCGCUGUGUUCUUCAACGUUGAGGCUGAGGUGGAGGAGCCAACAUUUGAUGUGACUGUCAGGCUGCUGGAGGAGGACAUCAACGCCAUCUCAAUCCAGACUUGCACCAAAUGGUUGUUAAAUGGCACCAGUGGCAUGGCCAUCCAAGAACUCGGAGUACCCUCCGGCUUCGAUGCAGACCUUGACACACUUACCAAACUUCCGACCUUGAAGAGAGUCGAGACUCCCAACAAGAAGGUGGUUCUGUAUUUUGAUGAGAUCGGGACCACGCCCGUGUGUCUGUCCGUCGCCCUCCAGAGAACAGGUCUCGUAGCCAAGUCACAGCCCGUCCCAGUCAGAGUCUACGACUACUAUGAGCCUACCAAUCAGGUGACAGCAUUCUACCAGUCCCAGCUCCUCAAGAAUUCCAGCAUCUGCAGCGUGUGUGUGGAGUGUGAACACUGCCAGGAGAGCCGGUGAUGAAGACACUGAUCCCAGACCAUCCCAACACAGAGCAGAUCAAGUCAUUUUCUGAAAGAUCAAGAGUAAAGAAUAACUUAUGUUUCACCUUGAUCUAAUAAAACUUUGCAGUUCAACAUA